GGGCCAGCGUCAAGACCGUGAAGACGCGGAACAAGGCGCUGGGAGUGGCGGUGGGCGGCGGGGUCGAUGGCAGCCGGGAUGAGCUGUUCCGCCGGAGCCCCAGGCCCAAGGGCGACUUCUCCAGCCGGGCCCGCGAAGUGUCCAGUGGAACUACCUGAAAGAAAAAUAUAGGAGUCGGCAAGAAAAAGCCAAGUGGAGAGUCUGGCUUUAGAUUUAUGGUCCAAUCCGAGUGGUGCAUGGGCCAGAAUAUACCCUCUGUGCUGGCUGGCUGAUCUGAAAAGAGGAGAGGACAGGGCAGCAUACUCUCCCUUCUCCAAAUCAUGACACAGAUUUCUCACAUUGGCAAACUGAGAGAUUUUCUUCUGGAACACAGGAAAGAUUAUAUUAAUGCUUAUAGCCAUACCAUGUCUGAAUAUGGGAGGAUGACAGACUCAGAACGAGACCAGAUAGACCAGGAUGCCCAGAUCUUCAUGAGGACCUGUUCAGAAGCAAUUCAGCAACUACGAACAGAAGCUCACAAGGAGAUACAUUCGCAGCAAGUGAAGGAGCACAGGACUGCUGUUUUGGAUUUCAUUGAAGAUUACUUAAAAAGAGUAUGUAAACUUUACUCAGAACAAAGAGCCAUCCGAGUUAAAAGAGUGGUGGAUAAGAAAAGACUAUCUAAGCUGGAACCAGAACCAAAUACAAAGACAAGGGAAUCCACAUCUUCUGAGAAAGUUUCACAGAGUCCUUCAAAAGACUCUGAAGAAAACCCUGCCACUGAGCAUCCAGAAAAGAUUUUGGCUGAAACACAACCUGAACUGGGAACCUGGGGAGACGGCAAAGGUGAAGAUGAGUUAUCCCCAGAAGAAAUACAAAUGUUUGAACAGGAAAAUCAGCGACUAAUUGGUGAAAUGAACAGCUUGUUUGAUGAAGUGAGGCAAAUUGAAGGGAGAGUGGUUGAGAUUUCCAGACUCCAGGAGAUAUUCACGGAAAAGGUUUUGCAACAGGAAGCUGAGAUCGAUAGCAUUCACCAGUUAGUUGUGGGGGCAACUGAAAAUAUCAAGGAGGGCAAUGAAGACAUAAGAGAGGCCAUUAAAAACAACGCUGGCUUCCGCGUGUGGAUCCUCUUCUUCCUCGUGAUGUGCUCCUUCUCCUUGCUCUUCCUCGACUGGUACGACAGCUAGCCUGGGCCGCGGGGGCCCAACAUGAGAGCCGCACGGGCACCCACAGACCGUACCUCCGGUGCCAGAGCAUGGUAUGACCAGACUUUAUCCCAGAGCCAUGUGAAGGGAGAGGGGUUCAGACAGGCAGACAUCUUCCCCAAAAAGGGAUACCCAGGCUGAUGUUGUUCAGCCCAUUUAGCAGCUGAGAAAGAAAAACAUGCGCAACAGUGGGAAGGGGUCUUGUAGCCAUUUUAAGGCAAGACAGACUGAAUGCGGGAGCUGGUGAUUCUCCUGAACUUGAGGCUGCCUUGGCAGGGGGUGCUGCACCAGUAGCAGGGGCACAGCAGCCCUCAAGAGCCCCCAGUUGUCUCAAGGUUCAAAGGAAGUCAUGACCUUUCCCAUCCUGGUAGCUUCAGGGAAGAAGACAGUUACUAACGUCUCCCAACAAAUGAUUGCUUCUUUGUUUCCUGUGGCUUCUUGUCUGUCUGAGUCAUCCAAUACACAGACUCACUGGAUUGCAGAAAAUUCACAUCUGCCUUGUUAAUCUAAUAAAUACAAUUACAGCCCCUCAA